AUGGAGCUUGUGGGGCCGAGCCAAAAGCAAACCGUGCUCCGCCGCGAGAUCCAUGGCGGAAGGGGCAAGCUCCGCCGGUUGGCAUGCCCGACUCUACUGGUGGAGUGCAGGUGGCGAGAGGAAGAAGAACGAGUGAGGAAAGUUUGCUCGAAUCCCUCUCUUUCUCGUCGUUUCUUCCUUGAAUCCCUAGGAAAGUUUGCUGCUUGUGUGGUUUUGAUGCAUUAUGAACUGCGGUCGUGGUCUCAGUGGACUCCCGAGAAGAGGAAGUGGUUGAGAUAUGGGCAACUCUUGCAGUGGAUUCCCAAGCAAAGGAACUGGCGCCUGAAAGUGACCCCAAUGCAUAAAAAAUCUGGUACUAAAAUUCCAUAUGUAGCUCUUAGUCUUACUCUAAGCCGAAGCAGCUUGAAGCCAGGUUACGUCAUGCAUGCUGUAUUCGAGCUAUCUAUAUACAAUCACUCAAUUGGGUCAUAUUGUGGAUGCAAAGCUAGGUACAACUUCGAUGUCAAGAAGUUUCAUUCGAAGAAGAAAUGCCUGAUUACUGUUGAAGAACUACUGAAAUCAGCUGAUUUUCUGGUCGAUGAUAGCUGUGUCUUUGGUGUGAGGAUAUUACAAGCAGAUGUCUCUCCUAAAAACAGCCUUGCUGUGGCUCCAGAUAAUACUAUCACAAUUUGGGAACUGUUUCUGCAGAAGAAGGAAUUCAUCAAAGGAAAUUACACCUGGAACGUGAACAACUUCCUUGCCUUGAAGGACUCAGUCCUUUCUCCCGCAUUUGAAGCCAGUGGGCACAAAUGGCACAUCCGGAUGCAUCCACUCGGUAACCAAUACAGCACAGAUUCACUUUCCAUGUACCUGGUAAUGCAUGACCCGGCUAAGCUUUCUCAUGAGUCCGGGAAGAUGUUUGAAGUGACCCUGUCCAUCCUGAACCAAGAGCAGGGACAACACUACAGCCGUGCAGGUCGCUUUGUAUUCAAUGGAAAUCUUGGAUGGGGAUGGGCAGACUUCAUUCCACUCAAGAUACUGAAGGACCCUUCCAAAGGCUACCUCGUGGGAUCAAAGUUGAGUGUGAAGGCGGACAUCAUUUGCAUUGGGUCAUCCAACGAUGUUCAGACACCACUUGUUGCAUCUCUCUUGAAGGACGAGAAGUAA